GGGCAGCCAUCGCGGAGCCGGAAGCGAGGGGCUGUUGCUGUGUCCAGGAUAAAACUCCCAGUGGCUUGCUGAUGGCCGGGCCCGAGAAGGCGGUGCUAGACCUUCCUUGGAGAGAAGACGUCCAGGCCGCCUCCACCAGGCCCAUCCUCCUGCCUAGCCUGAAGGGCAGCUGCUUUGACCAUCCCCUGUAUCAGGGGCUUCUGCACCCCACCUGGCAUCUCUGCAGUCCCACCUCUGCUCCAGCCCCCAAGUCGUCAAAAAAGCCCAAGAUGCAAGCCGCCAGGAACACGUUCCCCAAUGACUGGAGCCCGCCGCCUGUGGAGUUCCUGAACCUGAGGAUCCCACAGGCCAACUCGGGGGACCCAGCCCCAAGGCCUCGGGGCCUGAGGAGGCUGGCUCACCAGCACCCCAAGGUGUCAGAGCAGGAGCCCCAGGACCUGGAUCGACUAGGAGGCCUGGCCUCACUGGAGGAGCCAUUCUGGACCAUGGCAGGGACCAGCCCAGAGGCUGCACCUCCUGGGAUGGGUGCCCACACCUCGCUCGCCUCUGGGAGCUCAGGGUGCUAUGUCAACAGCUUGGAUUACUUACUGCAGGAGAAGAGGAAGCUGGUGGAGAGGUUCUCCGUGCCCCUGCAGGUCAUCCCAGCAGUGCAUCCGGGCGAGACCGUGUUUCUCCCCAGGCGCCACCCCGUGCCCUGCCUCCUGGACAGUUCACAGCUGAAGCCACGGAGCCCCCUGGAAAAGCUGUUCCUCAGCUCCUCGCCGGCCCGGCAGCUCACCUUCCUGCGCCAGGGUCUCCUGAACAGCAUCUACCUGCCGGUGGGCGACCGCCCCAAGCCCCUGCUCCGGUGGCUGUUACAGCUGCUGACAUGGCCUCCAGAAACUUCUUCAAGAGCCUUUGCUCUCCUGUGGGACCUCAGCCUGGACGGACUCUUUCGUCAGUCCGGUGGGGACACGAGCCUGUGGUGCCCCUCGCUGCAAGAGAUCUCGGCCACGUUCCGCAGCCUCGGAGCCCAGAGCCCUGCUCUGCAGCCCCUGGGGCCCACGCAGCACGCUGGGAGCGAGGCCAGCCUGAGCCGCAGUGAACAGCAGGACACCCUCCAGGAGAUGGCCUUGGACAGCAGCCUGAACUACAUCUGUAAGUUCCUGACACUGUGUGCACUGGCCCAGCCAGGGGCCUACACCGACCAGAACCUUCUGGACCUGAUUGAGCUGCUAUGCCGUGCUGGCCUGGACACCAGACUCCGCCUGCUGCCCAGGACCGACCUCCAGCAGCUCCUGCUGCAGCUCCUGGAGAACAUCCGCGAGUGGCCAGGAAAGCUCCGGCAGCUGUGCUGUGCCCUGAGUCGAGUGUCUGAUCACCACCACAACCUGCUGGCACUCGUGCAGCUCUUCCUGGACGUAACCCCCCGGAGCAGGCAGCUUCGAGGCCAGCUCAGCCUUCUGGUCAUGGCGCGGCUGCUGAACCAGCAAGAGAGACUCCCUCUCUGGCAGAAGAAGGCCCAGCUGUCCUCGCUCUGCCAGCUCCUGGGCCUCAUGAGGCCGUCAUCCCUGAGGCAGUACCUGGGCCCUGAGAUCGUGCUGCCUGGCCAGGAGCAACAGCCAAAAGCCAGUGCCCAGCUUGACCACAAGGUCUGCUACCUGUGCCAUAGCCUCCUGACCCUGGCCGGGGUGGUGGUCAGCUGCCAGGACAUUACUCCAGACCAGUGGGGGGAGCUGCAGUUGCUCUGCAUGCAGUUGGACCGCCACAUCAACACCCAUAUCCGGGAGAGCCCCCAGGCCAUGUAUCGGACCACACUCAAGGACCUAGCUGCCCAGACCUACAUCCGCUGGCAGGAGCUGCUGGCACGCUGCCAGCCCCAGGCCAGGUACUUCAGCCUCUGGGAAGACGUCUAGUGGAGCAGGGCAAGAGUGGCCCAGCGCUCCUGGCUCUGGCAAGAAGCGAACACAGCCUAGGUAACUGGAGGCAUGAAGAAUGGGGGCCGGGGGAAGACCAAGCAGUGGAAGCGAGUGCCUGCCUCCCCCGCUGCCCUGAGGCCAGCUGGGCAAGGGUUCUGCCUCUCGUCUCCAGCCCUUCCCCAUGUCUCCGCUCCCCAAGGCCAUAGUCUCCAAAACUCUGGUUUCCCCAGGCCUCCCGAGCCCUCCAGCCACCAUCCUCCCCACCCUCCUCCACUUCUCCGUGUCACUUGUGUGAGGGUUCUUGGUGCACACAAAAGCCUCAGCAUCAGUGGUUUAGAAGAGUUCCUUCCUCCAGUCCCUUACUGAGGGCUGUGCCCAGUGUCCAGUUUCCUGAUUUCUCCGCUUGUGCUUUGCAGAAUUCUCACCCAGAGCCAGUUGUAUGACUGGGUCUUAGGCCCCACCCUGCCCCCUGCAGCAGAGGACUGUUUAUUAAACCUGCAGGGUUUAUGAACAGUCUUGGCUAUGGCCUGAAAGCUGUCAGAAACCCCGGGAGCAGGGGUGGGGAACAUCAGUUUGGACCAGUCUGAAACCAUCCCCCUGCUGCCACUGGGGAAGAGCCAUGAGGUGAAAAGGUAGAUGAGGCCUGUAAUUACCCUUAAUUCGGUUUAUUGUUGAGCUCUGAAAUCAACUCCCGGACUUAGGAGUUGGGAGCGGGGGUGGUUAGUUCCCAAUACUUUUUGUUUUCUCUUGGCCUUACCCACAAUCAGGUUUUGUGGGCCCUGAUCCCUGAAGGGGUGCUAGAUGUCUUCAACCUGCUCCCUUUGAGAGCAGGUAUCGUUCGGUACCCCCAGGAUAUCCAUGGGUAUCACUUUCUCUCUCUGCCCUGAGAAUCCGUUGCUAGUCCCUGGACCUUCCCGAGCCUUUCUAGGUUGGAGGGGUUUUGCAGGGGCCACAGGGGUUGGAGAGGAGGAACCAGAGGUUGGACCCUGCGCACUGGGCCCGUGCCCGUGAUCAGCUCAGCCCCUAGUGUCUGCCAGCGUUCACCAUGGCUGUGCUUGUGACUUUUUCUGUUUAUUUGUCCCUCUCCUUUGUUCUGUCAUGCCAAGUUAAGGCUGGUUAAGUAGGGGAGAGACUCCCCCAAAAUAAAGGACCUUCCAGUC